AUGUUUCGUCGUGUGUUUUCAACGGUUAUACCUGAGCAUGCCAGGAAAGUCAUGCAUAAAGGGCUUCCAAAGAAGCUAGCAAUUACGGGAGUAGACAACAUAGUUAUGGUUUCGUCUGCAAAGGGUGGAGUGGGAAAAUCAACUAUUGCAGUUAACUUGGCUAUUGCACUGAGUAGACUAAAAGCUCCAAACCAAGUCGGUCUUUUGGAUUCUGAUGUUUUCGGACCCUCUGUACCCGAUUUAAUGGGAGUAAAUGAUAUACAGCCCAAUACAAACGACCGGAAACAAAUUAUUCCCAUUCAAAACUACGGGAUCAAAUGCAUGUCCAUCGGAUCUCUUAUUAAAAAGGAUUCUGCUGUUGUAUGGCGAGGAUUGAUGGUUAUGCAGGCGGUGCAAACUUUGCUUCGUCAAGUGGCAUGGGGUCCCCUGAACACGCUUGUAGUAGACACUCCACCAGGCACUGGGGAUGUUCACCUUUCUCUAAUUCAGAAUGUACCCAUUCGAGGUUCUGUCGUUGUUACUACUUCCCAUCCAUUAUCGCUGUCAGAUACCCGGCGCGGUAUCGAAAUGCUGUUGAAACUCAAUGUUCCCCUCCUUGGUGUAGUUGAAAAUAUGGCGAAGUUCGUGUGUCCCAGUUGCAAGUUCACCACUCCUCUUUGGUGUGCUUCAGAUUCAACGGAAGAAAGCGGAGCAGCCAAGUUGGCUGAUCAAUAUGAGAUACCGCUAUUUUGCCAGAUCCCCUUCGAGCCCAAUGUAUCGGACGGGAAGGAAAAGGGCAUACCAGUCGUUAUUUCUCACCCGAACUCAUUUACGGCGACAACCUUUGUGGAACUUGCCUGCCAAAUUAACAAUUUGCUUUAG